AUGACGAUGUUCAAUAUAAUGAACAUGUUAAUGGGCCAAAAUGCAGGGCUACAGCUGCCGUUCGCGUCACAACAACAGCCAACAUCAAGUGGAGGAAACACCCCUGAAGCCGAAGACGAUUUGGCAGCACCGAAGAGCGCCGCCGCAUUGGUGACAAUGGUGAAGAGCUUUGGUGAAGAGAAGUUGACGGCGGUGUCGCCAUCAGUUGCCUCGAGACUGUCGCGACUUGGUGAGCUAACUGACGCGCAGGCCGAGGCAGUGGCAAUGGUGGAGUGCACCCAAUGCUCGGAGCGGUUACCAUCGAUUUUGGCUUUGUCCUCGCAUUACGACAUGGUCCAUUCGAGCUCCUUGCCGGAUUCAGCCAUUCAGUCAUUCGCGGAUCAGAUCUGUGAGAUGAUUCCUGACGUUGCUGCUGCCACCCAGACGAACGGCCAUCAUCUGUCGCCCGCGGCCAGUCGAUCGUCGCGCGAUGGUGAACCACCCGAGAAGCGACCGCGAUCUGAGGCCAAUGUUGCUGAUCCAGCAAAGCCUGAUCUAGCUCAAAUGGCCAUGCUAAGCAUGAUGGGCAGUUUCCCGUUUCUACCGCCGAAUCCACUUGGUGGAUUUGUGCCGGGAAUGGGAGAAUUUUUCAAUCCACUCAAUGGCCCAACAGAUGCAGCAACUCUCAACUUCACCAGCGAAGCGUGCUCGGACGAGAAUUACCGACGAUCAGCUGAAAAUACUGCGUACUUUGACAUCAACAACAGUCCAUCGGAGUGCCAAAUCAAGGAAAUGUCAAUAAAAGCAGGUUUACCAGAAAAGGUCAUCAAGCACUGGUUCAGGAACACGUUGUUCAAGGUUUGUCGGAAGUUCCAUGGUUCUGCAAAUGCACAGAGCGCACUCAUACAGUUUCGUGAGAUUUAUUGCGGACCGGUGUAA